GGGGGACACCCGGACUCACCGUGGGGAGGCGGAGGAAGAGGAGAGGAGGGAGGAAGAGAAAAGGCGAGGAGGCAAGGGGCGGGGGGCGGGAGGCUUGCCACCUUCAGCCCCCCCCGCGAGCGCCCAAGGUGCGCACAUCCUGACCGACUCAGCAGGAAGGUGGAUUUUCUUUGUGUUUAAAGAAAAAAAAAUGUCCCCGUGUCUGUAGAGAUGAUUUGCAGUUCAGCCCGGCUGAAGCUGACCGAAUGAGACUAUGGGCUGUGCCUCCGCCAAGCAUGUUGCCACUGUUCAAAAUGAAGAGGAAGCCCAGAAAGGGAAGAACUACCAGAAUGGAGAUGUGUUUGGCGACGAGUAUAGGAUCAAACCGGUGGAAGAGGUCAAAUACAUGAAAAAUGGGGCAGAAGAGGAGCAGAAAAUAGCAGCCAGGAACCAAGAAAACUUGGAAAAAAGUGCCAGUUCAAAUGUGAGACUUAAAACUAAUAAAGAAAUUCCAGGAUUAGUUCAUCAACCCAGAGCAAACAUGCACAUCUCUGAAAGCCAACAAGAAUUCUUCAGAAUGCUGGAUGAAAAAAUUGAAAAGGGUCGAGAUUACUGUUCGGAAGAAGAGGAUAUCACAUAGCACCAAUUCGACCACUCAAACCAGGAGCUACUACUGUGUAAAUAAGUUACACCCCAGUUGAAAUCUUUGCAAAGGUCGGUUCUCUUCAACGAACAGCACUAUAGCAAACGAAGAUCGUUCCAUAUCGUUAUGCCCCAUUAAAUUACAGUGUUUCUUAAUGAACUUGCAAAGGAAUAUUGCUAAAAACAAACAAACAAACAGAAAACCGUUCUCGAACUUUCUUUGUUGCUGCUAGUUAAAACUUGUUGCAACUUUUCACUUCUCUUGUGUCCAGGUAUGCAGCAAAAUUCUGCAAUUUCACCUUAAAGAUACUGUUGGUUUUACAGAUGCUCUCCAACCUAUUUUCUAUAAGAUGAGGUAGUGGUGAACUCAGAUAUCAAACUCCUGUUGUAGAACUGUUCCGCUUCUAAGACAAGCGUCUCCUUCCCUCUCUCCUCCCUCCCUCCCUGUCUCUCCCGAGCGGUCCAGAGCCUUGCUUCUCACUGGCAGUGUUGCGCUUUGGAGAUGGGAUGGUUGCUAUGGCAAGCUUUGUUUCUCUGCUAAGAAGAAGUAGAGAAGCUCUUAUCCAUUAAAAGCAUGUUGUGACGUGACUCCCGGAGUGACGUGGGAGUGAGCAGCAGGUGUCAUUGACUAGGGAUCUUAAUCAAGGAUUAAGCUUGCAACACUGGCUUUGCUCAGAUGCAGACGGAAGUGUGAUCACAAUCAUUUUGAAUCCCUCUUCCCCACUUUUUUUUCUAAGAAAAUAAACAUUUUACUGUUUUUAUGUA